CGUCAGGAGUACCGCCCAUGUAGCGAGUUCCCUGUUUUCCCGGCCAAUUCUCAUAAUUUGGAUGGCAUGACAUGUUUUUUUACUCCCUUUAUCCCUUACAAAUUACGAUGGACAACAUCGUUGGAUAAGGACGGAUACUAUCUCUUGAACCUCGAUAAGCAGCUGCCCCUGGACCUUUGGAAGGAUGGAGACUCUGAUUCCCACCAUCAACCGGCUGCAGGAGGUCUUCCUCACAGUGGGUGCCGAGGUCGUACAGCUGCCGCAAAUAGUCGUGGUUGGAUCACAGAGCAGUGGAAAGAGCUCUGUGUUGGAGAGCCUGGUCGGACGGGAUUUCUUGCCCCGAGGAUCAGGAAUAGUCACAAGACGACCCCUCGUGUUGCAACUUGUUAAUGUUGCCCCUCUGCAGGAGAGACUGAAAAACGAAAAUGGAAAUGGGCUAAAACAAAAUGCCCAAAUCAGCUACCCAGGUGUCAAAGCUGAGGAAUGGGGAACAUUUCUGCACUGCAAAAACCAGAUCUUUACAGAUUUUCAGGAAAUCCGUCACGAAAUUGAAGCAGAGACUGAACGCAAUUCAGGUGACAACAAGGGUAUCAGUCCCGAGCCUAUAUAUUUGAAGAUUUUCUCCCCUAAAGUGCUUAAUCUCACCCUGGUUGAUUUACCUGGAAUCACUAAGGUUCCGGUUGGGGACCAGCCAGAGGACAUUGAGGCACAAGUACAGGAGAUGAUCUUGUCUUUCAUCUCCAAUCCAAACUGCCUCAUCCUCACAGUGUCCCCAGCCAACUCCGACUUGGCCACCUCAGACGCUCUCAAAUUGGCUCGUGAGGUUGAUACAGAUGGUCGUCGAACACUGCUGGUGGUCAGUAAGCUGGACCUGAUGGAUGCAGGGACUGAUGCUCUGGAGGUCCUUUUGGGUCGUGUCAUUCCAGUCAGACUGGGCAUUAUCGGGGUGGUUAACAGGAGCCAGCAUGACAUCAAUACCCAGAAGAGCCUUGAGGACUCGAUGAGGGACGAGCAGGCUUACCUUCAGCGCCACUACCCCUCGCUCGCCUCGCGCUCCGGCUCACGCUUUCUGGCUAAAACCCUCAGCAGGCUGCUCAUGCAUCACAUCCGGGAUUGCCUGCCGGAGCUCAAGACCCGUGUGACCAUGCUGAGUGCCCAGUACCAGGCGCGCCUCAACGGCUAUGGCCAGCCGGUAGAAGACCACAGCGCCACCCUGCUGCAGAUUGUCACCAAGUUCGCCAGCGAUUACUGCAACACCAUUGAGGGCACGGCCAGAUACAUCCAGACCUCAGAGCUCUGCGGGGGUGCUCGGAUCUGUUACAUAUUCCAUGAGACCUUUGGGCGCACUUUGCAGUCCAUUGACCCCCUGGGAGGAUUGACUGAGCUUGAUAUCCUCACCGCCAUCCGCAAUGCUACUGGUCCUCGACCCGCACUUUUUGUGCCCGAGGUGUCCUUUGAGUUGUUGGUGAAGCGGCAAAUUAAGCGCCUGGAGGAGCCCAGCAUGCGUUGUGUGGAACUGGUUCAUGAAGAGCUGCAGAGGAUCAUCCAGCAUUGCUCCUCCUAUAGCACACAGGAGCUCCUGCGGUUUCCCAAACUGCACGAUUCCAUCGUGGAAGUUGUGACUGGAUUACUGAGAAAGCGCUUGCCAAUCACUAAUGAAAUGGUGCACCAUUUAGUAUCGAUAGAGCUUGCUUACAUCAACACCAAACACCCAGACUUCACGGAUGCGGCGCAGGUCUCUGCAUCUGUCAACAGUCAGCAGGCGGAGGCCCUCGAUGGAGGAAAGCGCUGGAAGAACGAGAAGGUUGCGGAGGAGAGGGUCCCGGCUGCAGGCUUUGGCAGUCCCAGCAAAGGCCAGUCCAUUAACCUGCUCGACACGGCGGUGCCCGCAUCACGAAAGCUCAGCGCGAAGGAGCAGAGGGACUGCGAGAUUAUCCAGCGCCUCAUCAAGUGCUACUUCCUUAUUGUCCGCAAAAGCAUCCAAGACAGUGUGCCAAAGACAGUGAUGCACUUCCUGGUGAACUUUGUGAAAGAGCAUCUGCAGAGUGAGCUGGUGGGUCAGCUUUACAAACAGACCCUGCUGCAGGAGCUGCUCAUUGAGUCAGAGGACACGGCACAGCAGCGCACCGAGGUGGCUCAAAUGCUUGAGGCCCUUCAAAAAGCCAAUAACAUCAUCUCUGAGAUCCGGGAGACACAUCUGUGGUAGCCAGAAGAAAGAUAUCAUUCGCCUGUCAUGUGACAGGUUUCUAGAGUAUGAGAGUGUUUUUGAGUUUACACAGAGUGGCUGUGUGUGUUUGUGUGUGCGGGGCAGCACCCACAUUUUGUCAUGGACCAAUGAGCAUAGCACAUCCAGAUCGACUCUUUUUCCAUCAGCGGUCAUGACCAGUACACUCGAGCUGUUGCUUUCACGAUGAACGUUGUGUAGUCAAGCAAAUUGAUGAAAUACUCAGGCAAAAAGUGUUACUUUAAAGUUGAAAUGUCAAACACAAAGAUACACUCUUUUUGUAUAAUUUGUGACAUUAAGUUCUGUUGGAUCGUAAGGCCGUUUUCAAUGGAUUCCGUUGUACCCGAUGGUGUUUGCUUUCGAUCAAAAUGUGUUUGCACUGUACAAUUCCACCAAAAAAAUAUGCUUUUCGCAGAUGCUGCAACUAUGCUAGAUUAGAGGUUUUUUAACUUUAAUCCCUUUUAUUCAAGCUCCUACCGGAGAUGGAAAUUAAGUGAAAAUCCAAUUUAAUUAAUGUUGUCUCCAAUGCAACACUGAAGACAGACUGUGGUUAUUUACAGAAAUUACUGGAUGAAUACCAAUUGUUUUUCCAUCUCUUUUCUGCAUAUAAAUAACAGGUUUAUAUUCCAGAGACAGAUUUUCAUAUCAACUCAUUUAUUCUGUUGCAAUUACUUUUGUGUGUAGUCCGAGACAAACAUUCCUAACAUAAAUGUUUACAGGUUUGAAGGAGAUGAUUUGGGAAGUUAUAGUAUGUCGUGUGUAUAUACGCUUUAGGAUCUAGAAAAAAAGAAAUGACUAUUUAAUAAUAGUCAGAAGAUGAUGUAAUACUUGAUCAUUUCAUUCAAAAGCCAGAUGGUGGGGCGGUAAUGUUCUCUAGCUCCUCUUUAUUUCCUCCAGCCAUUUGUUCACUGUGUUCUGCUCAUAGUGACAAAGGGAGAUAAGAUGGAUCCCUAUUAUUGUCCCUGUCCAAUAGUAAGGACAUUACCCAAGUAAAAGACUAUUGUGAAGAUACCUCCUGCAUGCAGAGCAGUUUGCUUCUGUGCCAAUCAUAAAUUAAUCCUGUAAUAUUGAUAGAUGUGUAAAGUUCAUAUCUUUGUUUCUUCCCAGUUCAGGUUUUCGGUCAUUGCUGUCUCCAUCCAUGUAAAUCUCCAAUAAUGAUCCUAAAGAUAAGGUUUUUAACUUUCUUCUGUGUGAUCAGAGAGAGAAGAUAAGGAAAGCCAUGUUAGUUUGCACGUGUGUGUUCAGUGUGCAUGCAUGGACUUAUGAAUGCCGGGUGUAUGUAUAUUUUGUGUUAUUUAAAUGUAUUUUAUUAUCACGUCUCAGCUGCCUACGAGUUAUUGUCUGCCAAUAUUUGUGAUACAUGUCUACUGAAAGAAGUCUGUGGAUAUUGGUGGGACUCAUUAAACCCUAAAAAACA